AUGAAUAAAUUAAUGACAAAUGAACAGACGCAAAUUUUAUCUGAGAAUACUAUUGAUAAGUUAAAUCUUGUUAAUAAUUAUGUUCAAUUUGGUCGCCGAAAAUGUUUAGUUAAAGGAAAAAUAAAUUGUCGAGGCAGCAAUCUCUAUGCUUUGGAAUGUGAGAUAGCAUUAACAGGCUAUGAUGGAUUGUGUCCACAAUGUCGAGAUGUUCAUAUGCAUUCAUCAACGUUUUUUCGUGAUAGUUUAAAAACUUCACCGUUUGUCUCAUUGAUGAGCAAACGUACGUUUGAUGAAUCAAAAUCUCCACCAAGUCCUUUAUCACCUGGACAACAAAAACGUGUUCGUUUUCUUGUUGAUAAUAAUAAUGAUCUAUCGAUUGAUGAACAUCAAUCAUCGAUUUUAUUUCGACAAGGAAAUAUUGGAGGACGUACUGGUAAUAUUAGUGGAUUUGAUGAAAUGGAAAAUAGUCGUCGAAUAACAUCGAAUUUACUCUUUAGUAAUACUAGUUCUCCGUAUGAUUUUGGAUUAAUGACACAAACUGGUGGUAGUAUUGAUCAACCGAUAGACAAUGUUAAUGUUUCAAAUGAUAAUUUUACUUUUAUUCAGACAACUCAACGAACAAAUCUUGCCAAUGAAAGUGGAAAUGAUGGGACUUGGUUGACUGUGUUUGGCUAUCGUACGAAUGCCGAAGCUCAAAUAUUGAUCGAUGAAUUUAGUCGUUUUGGAAUAAUAGAAAAAUAUGUGAUUGUUGAUACAUCGAAUAUAUUUCAUGUUAAAUUUGCAACUCAUCUUCAAGCUCAACGUGCUCUACGAAAACAUGGUCACGUUUUUGGUCAAAUAAUGGUUGGUGUGAGAUAUUGCACUGAUAAAGAUAUUAUUGGACUUAAACCACAAAGUAAUGUUAAUGUUUAUCUUGAAAAUCCUUUUCUUAUACGACAUCGACAUCAUUUAGGCAUAUUACCAUCUGCACCAUUAACAGUUCAAAAUUGA